GAAAAAAUAUACUUUCACUGCCUUAACUUAUUUCUAUUUCUGAUAAAAGUUAACUUUAGAUAAUUUGUGUAUUUACACAUGUGUACACAACUUACCUAAAAGUAACUUCUGCUCUAUUUGUAGAAUAAUGUGCAAGUUAUGCAUUAGAAUGGAUUUUGUGUUAAAUAUGAUGUUUAAUUUGAUGCAUUUAUAUAUCUAAUAGAAUUAAAAGAUAGGUUAAACUUUAUUAAGUACCGAGUGGAAAUAAAGUCUCUAUGUAUGUUAAUUACAAGUUACUUUAUGCACCUAUGAAUUUUCUUUGCAUUCUGAGUAUUGAUCAUGUCGCCAAGUUAUUAAAGGGACCCUUCAACUGUUGUAAGAUUAACUUGUUGUAAGGUGAAAUGGAGUAGUUAUGAACAUAAUUAAUUACAGCAAUGGUGCCAAAACUGUACAAUUGAUGGACCAAAUUGCACAACAGUUGUAAAUAUGUGGCCACAAAUAUGUUUAUAUGUUCCAUAUAUACAAAAAGACAACUACCAAUCAUUACUACAAUCUAUUUUCCUCAUCAGUUUAAAAGGAAUUACUCAUCAGAACAAAACUUGGCUUCAUUUAAAAGAGGAACUGGAGGAAGAUCUUCAUUUAGUGGUGUUGUAGCUACUGUCUUUGGUGCUAAUGGAAUCUUGGGAAGACGUGUUGUAAAUCAACUAGGUAAAUUAGGUACUCAAAUAAUUAUUCCUUAUAGAGGAGACAAUUAUGAUGUUGGUAAUUUGAAAUUAUGUGGUGAUUUAGGUCAAAUAUUAUUUCAUCCUUUCAGUUUAAAAGAUGAAGAAUCACUAUAUAAAGCAAUGAAAUAUUCAAAUUUGGUUAUAAAUUUGAUUGGAAAAGAAACAGAAACAAGAAAUUUCAGUUUUGAAGAUGUACAUGUGACAGGAGCACGAAACAUUGCUCGCAUAGCAAAAGAAUUGGGAGUGAAGAAAUUAAUUCAUGUGUCUGCACUCAAUGCAUGUGAGAAGCCAAAACCAAUUAUUAUAAAAUCAGGCUCUCGUUUUCUUGCUUCUAAGUGGAGAGGCGAACAAGCGGUAAGAGAAGAAUUUCCAGAAGCAAUAAUAUUUCGGCCAUCUGAUAUGUUUGGUCAACCAGAUCGUUUUCUGUUUUACUAUGCAAAAACGUGGAGACGUCAAAUUCGCAGCCUUCCUUUAUGGAAGAAAGGAAAUGAAACAAUAAAACAACCAGUUUUUGUGUCAGAUGUUGCUAAAGGAAUUGUUAAUUCAGUAUUUGAUGAUGAUGCUAUUGGAAAGACAUUUGAAGCUGUUGGACCUCGAAGAUAUUUCUUAGGAGAAUUGCUUGAUUGGGUAUACCUAGUACUGAAAAAAGGACCAGACUGGGGAUAUAAGAGAACUGAUAUGAGAUUUAGUCCUUUGUUUUGGUUGAAAGUUAGCUUUGUUGAAAGAAUUAUGACAGUAUAUCCAUUUAUAAGCUGGGAGAAAGUUGAAAGAGAUCAUGUUACAGAUACCUUAACACCAGGAUUACCAAAUUUGGAAGAUUUAGGAGUAAAACUAACUUACAUCGAAGAUCGUGUGGCAUAUGAUUUAAAGAUGUUCCGCGACUUAGCCUAUUAUGAUUGGGAAGUUCACGAUUUCACCAAGCCGCCACCACCUCCUGUUGCUAAUGCUUAGGUUUCAGACAAUAAUCUAGUUUUCAAUAAAACACCUAUAUUAAUUUAUUUAGUGUUUUUUGGGUGUCUAGUAUAUAAUUUUAAAGUGAUCAAAAGUUACUUUAAAACAUUAAAACUUUUAAGAAGAAGUAU